AUGUAUCCCACCGGACCUACGGAUUUGGAGAGUAUUAGCUCACUCAAAAGCUAUCGAAGUUUCGAGAUUUCAAGACCAGAGCUUGACAACAACAACAACAACAACGACAAUCAUGAUGCAAGACCGAAUAUUCCGGGGCAGAAAGGAACCCCAAAAGUUAAAUCGCCAUCACGGCCACAUUCUUUACCGGAUUUGACACGCGAGCAUGAAGAUUUGACGGGAGAGACUAUCAAUAAAAAUACGGCGCCAUCGGAUGGUCAACCGACAGAGAAAAUGGAGACCCCUUGUAGUGGGAAGAAACCGCCUAGUGAGAGCUCACAAAGUCAAGAGCCUUUGGGUCUAUGUGAGAAAGCGGCUCGUGAGCCAGAGCACUCGACCCAACAGAUAUCAGUGGCCCACCAAAAGAACAAAAAACAUUCGAUUGCGAAGAAAGCCAAGACUUUAGCCACCCGCCUAUUCCACCCAUUAUUUCUAUUUCACGCCGAGCGAGCCGAAGGUGAUCCCAACGUGUUGGAUCCAGAUGACCCCGAGAAUGAAAACCUCCCAGCCAGUGUGGAAGCUCAGCAGCUGGUACGGGGACUAGUUUAUAAUCCGCCAAACGAGCGAUCCACUACUCGUCAGCAAUUACAACAGCCAUUAGAACGCGGACCAUCGAACUGUGAAAGUGAGGGGGGGAUUUUGGCUCAAUUGCUUAAGCUCUACGGAAGCGUGGAUGUCCCGAUGAACGAUACAAAAUCACACAAAAAGGGCUUCUCGGCAGCCAGAACACCAAAUACCCCCUCUGGAUGGAGAACACCAGGCAAGGCAGUUCACUGGAAGCCGAAACCAAGAUGGCUUGAAGAGGAAGGGACAUCAAUGAAUACGACAGUGAAUGAUGGCGCCUGUCCAAGCAGAAACAGUCCUGCUAAUUUGAAAGAGACGCCCAAUGCUACUCUUGACUGGGGAGGCGAGCACAGAGAACAUGACAUACGGCUAGAGGAUGAGAUCCGUGUGACGGUUCAGAUUGCCGACAUUAUAUCUCGUCGAAGAUACAUUAUCCAGCUCUGCAAGGCUCUCAUCAUGUUUGGGGCUCCGAUGCAUCGGCUGGAGGAGCACAUGCAGAAGACCGCAUCCGUCCUUGAAAUGGACUGUCAAUUUCUCUACGUCCCAGGAUGUAUGAUAAUGUCUUUUGAUGAUCCGACCACGCGGACGACGGAGGUAAAGUUGGUGCGAGUAGCACAAGGCAUUGAUCUAGGGCUCCUAGCCGACACCCAUGAUGUCUACAAGAAUGUGAUCCACGACGCAAUGGGAAUUGAAGAGGCUAGAACAGAGCUGGACAGGAUCACUACCAGCAAGCCUCGGUUUAAUAAAUGGAUCAUCGUGAUGGUUUACGGAAUAGCUUCUGCUAUGGUCGGCCCCUUCGCUUUCAACGCUCGACCGAUCGAUAUGCCAAUCAUUUUCUUCAACGGGGCCCUUCUAGGAAUCCUGCAACAUGUACUUGCUCCACGAUCCGUGCUAUACUCUAAUAUAUUUGAGGUAACUGCGUCUGUUCUCACCUCAUUUGUUGCCCGUGGGUUAGGGAGCAUUCAGUUUACCACACAUGAUGGAAACCGGGAACAUCUAUUCUGCUUCUCAGCAGUUGCCCAGUCAUCGGUUGCGUUGAUUCUACCGGGAUAUACUGUGCUCAGCAGUAGCCUAGAGCUUCAAUCACAUCAGCUUGUUGCUGGAUCCAUUCGGAUGGUGUAUGCUAUCAUCUACUCUCUUUUCCUCGGUUAUGGAAUUACCGUGGGCUUCACGAUAUAUGGGUUGAUCGACCCCGGAGCCACUUCUGUCAUCACAUGUCCAACUAGAGGAGUAUGGGGUAACGAAUACUUACAACGAUUUCCAUUCGUGGCGGCAUUCGUAUUAUGUUUAUUGGUGGUCAACCAAGGUCGAUGGAAGCAGGCACCAGUCAUGUUGUUCAUCGCGGAGUCAGGUUAUAUUGUUACUUAUUUUGUAACACAACGCAUCGGUACCAGCUCGCAAGUCGCCAAUACUGUUGGUGCCUUCACCAUCGGUAUGCUAGGCAAUCUUUAUAGUCGAGUAUGGCAUGGCCAUGCGGCGACUUCUAUCUUACCGGGCAUCUUCGUUCUCGUGCCGUCGGGUCUAGCAGCCUCGGGGCCUCUCAUUAGUGGUAUCAAAUCUGCCGAUGAGACACGGUCUAAUAUAUCCAGUGCGAUUAUUCACAAUAGCUCUUCGGUAUACUCCAUGGAAGCUUCCCAGGUCUACACCGCGGAUUUAGGGCUCGGCAUGGUGGAGGUAUCGAUUGGGAUCACUGUAGGGCUCUUUAUUGCAGCCCUGGCAAUCUAUCCAUUCGGAAAAAGGCGAAGUGGAUUAUUCAGCUUUUAG